UUUCCCGGCGCUCACGCACACCCCCGGGAAUUUUACCUUAUUCUCCCUUUUGUGUGCUCGUCCCGGACUGAGAAAACUCUUACCUGUCCCCAAGUCUGAGUCACUGCCGCACUGCUGCGCGAAGAGCCCUUUACUCCUUAUAUACUUGUUGCCCCCAUCUGCGCUUGUCGCCCUACCACUGGCAAUCUUUGGCUCGCGUCACUCCCGCUCCCACCCCUCCUUGAGGCCUGCCCAACCGCCCCUCGCAAUUCGUCCGCGCCGCCUCACUUCUGCCAGACCACGCCGUCGUUGGGCAGCUCUGCAUCACAGUCUUGGGAAAACACCGAAUCACCAGUAAACACAACAUCGUCGCAUACUUUCGUGCGGGCAACCGUUCGCAGCUUGUUGCCAUGCCGCUGCACCAGAGGUCCUCUGUCGCCUCCGGCAGCAAGAGGACAAGCACCGCCGGCCACUCUAGCUCAUCCUACGGCCGGCUUGUCCCGCAUUCUUCCGCUGAUAGGGCCCACGAAGUUGACGAGUUCGACUAUGAAUAUGGCUACGACUCCAAGCUCCUCGAUGACUUGAACAAGGCCAACGCUGCACUCAACAAGAUCAGCGCCGACAAGGACAAACUCAAGGCCGCCCUUGAUGCUGCCAACCGCAAACUCAAUGACAACGUCGUCUCCUACCGCGAGCUCAAGGCCCAGCUUGAGGGCACCCGCUCUGAGGCGGAAGUCCUCAAGGAGGAUACCCGCACCCUCAAGGAAGAGAACCGCACCCUUAAGGAGGAGACCCGCAACGCUAAGGAGGAAAUCCGCACACUGAAGGAAGAGAACGUUGCUUUGAAGGAGGAGAACCGCACCGUCAAGGAGGAAAGCCGGACUACCAAGGAAGAGAGUCGCACUUUCAAGGACGAGAUUCGCGCAUUCAAGGAGGACAACCGCACCCUUAAGGACGACAACCGUGACCUUAAGGAGGAGACCCAUGACCUCAAGGAUGAAUCCCGCCGCCUCGCCGCUGACAACCAGCGCCUCACUUCCGAGAAAGAGCGCCUUGAAUUUGAGCGCCUUGACUUUGAGCAUCGCCUCAUUGGCCUCAGGGCCAAGCAUGAGAACCUCACCAUGCGCUUCGACGCCCUCAACGGCCAGGCCCCUCCAUCUGCCAUGACCAGCCCUAUGACCACUCCCCCUAUGACCGUCGCCAUCCCGGAACGUCCCAUCCCGGAGCGUACCAAGACAUCCUCGUCGCGCCCCUCUAGCAAGGCGUCGAGCAAGACUUCGAGCAAGUCGUCGAGCAAGUCGGCCACCUCAUCCUCUAGUAAGAAGGAGCCUCGUGAGCCUCGUGAGCCUCGUGAGCCUCGUGAGCCCCGUGAGCCCCGUGAGGACCGCCAUCGUGACCGUGACCGUGAUGAGCGACACCGCGAGCGUGAAGACCGUCCCCGCAACCGUGGUGACAAGGAAAAGUCCGACGCCAAGGCUGAUAAGGAGCGCUUGUCGAAGCGGUUCGACGAGAGACCCUCCAACGGGACUCGUGGUCCCGCCAGCUUCAUUGAAGGAUGGGGACCUUCAGGUUGGUAUCCGACGUACCCCCCGGUUCGUGACAUUGAGGCUUACACGCAUGUGCCAACAGGACGCAUGCAGGCUCCCGCUCCUGCACAAUCCCACAAGGGCGCAUACUCUAACGUGCCUCGUACACCCAAUGUCGCCACUUCCGGACAUUUCAGCAGCGAUAGCAGUGCCUUUGAUGAUGAGAUGUACGAGGAUGGUGCUUACCACCCGUACCCCAUCGCCAAUUAACUUGCUUCACCUCACCGACCUGCAUUUUCGCAAUCCGAAUGAUUGUUGAGCAAUCUCGGCUGUGCGUUUGGCCUCUUUGAGG